AUGUCGUCCAACCCAGAUGAAGCAGAAUCAACUUUGCUCUAUCAACCUGGAUCAUCAUCAUCAUCCUCAACCAGCCAUCGGGCUGAUUGUCAUCAAGGGUUCAGCAUUCAAUACCAACCAAAGAUAUUUGAGGACAUUAUCGGCCAUGACAUGGUCAUCAGAGCCCUCUCCAGUGCCAUACGCUUGAACAAAAUCUCACCGAUGUAUCUCUUCUAUGGGUCUCCUGGGACCGGCAAAACAUCAGCUGCUAGGAUAUUCGCCACCGCUCUCAACUGUGAAUCCUCUCCUGCAAAGCUCUGCUCUGGGUACAAAAGCUCUUGGUUUGAAGAAAUACACAAGUUUCUAAGGAAAGCUACAUCUUCUGGUGUCAAGGUUGUCAUCAUUGACAUCAAGUUCGCCUCAGAAUCUUGGCCAUGGGGACAACUACUCAAUUUAGUUCAAGAGAACAACAACAAGAUCUUCAUUCUCUUAACUGAGGAUGCAAGAACUGUCCCCAGAGCUGUUUCAUCACGGUGUCAGAAAUACAAAUUUUCAAAGCUCAGUGAUACAGAUGUGAUGUCAAAGCUAUCGAGGAUUGUCGCUCAGGAGGGAAUUGAAAUCAGAAAGGAUGCGCUCAAACUAAUAGCAAGAAGAGCAGAGGGCAACCUGAGGGAAGCUGAGAACUUACUGGAUCAUCUGGCACUCCUCAAUAUGAAAAUAGAUACUUCAACCAUUGAACAGCUUGUGGGUCUAGUACCACGAAAUAAACUUGUUCGCUUGCUUGAGACGAAAAUCUCAGGAAACUCCACAGAUGCAGUGAGAUACAUAAGAGAUCUGAUUGCUUCAGGAAUUGAACCACGGGAAAUUGUGUCUCAAUUGGCAUCUCUUGUUACAGAAAUCCUUGCUGAUAGUUAUUCCUCGUCUAUUAAAGGUAACAUGGCACCCGAGAAAUUAUGUCAGGCUCUAAACAUCCUGAUCAAAACUGAAAAGCAACUGAUGACAUUUGCCUGCAACCACACUGCAAGGAUCGCUGCUGCCAUACUGCAGAUUGAAUCUGAUGGCAUCUCCCAUCAUAUUCCAUCAGAUGAAAAAUCUGAUAUAAUGAACAAUAUCAGACAUCCAGACAACAACGGAAGAAGCAAGAUUUGCUCGACUGUAAAAAAUCUGAACAAUACCAUUGCUAAUCCUGAUGCCGAAAUCAAAAGUUUUGAUAUGGAUGAAAUAUGGAACAACAUACUGGAAAGGAUGCAGAACAAAAGCAUGAGAAAUUUUUUGCGGUCUCAAGCAAAACUUUUAUCAUUAACUGUUGCACGAGGUAAUGUCCUCUUGAUCGUUAUAAUGAUAGAGUCCUUUUUUGCGGUUGCCAAUUAUUCAAUUUGUUUCGGCAUUGUGCUGACAGACAAUGCUAUAAUUCACCUGAUGCUCAAGCAUUCCGAAGAAAUUCCUGAAUCCUUACAAACUGCUCUGAAAGAAGCCCAUGGAUGCCCAGUUACCCUGAAUAUAAGCCAUCAACCAGCUCAGCAAGACAUUGCGACAGGAAACACUGGCACUCAAAUUGAUACAAAUGGCAGAGGACUCCUGAUGAAACCAAGAUCAAGCCAAGAAUCUGCUGCUGCAGAAAGUAAUCUGAGUUUCACAAAAGUGCAAAAUAGUGCACAGAUAUUUCCUGAUAGAACGAGACAAAGAGUCAGUUUGGCUCGAAGUGGUUCAAAGUCUUUUCUCUCUGAGCAGUCGACUCAUAUUUCAGAAGAUACUGAUCUUAAGCUUAAACUGCUUUCAAUAUCAUCAAUUCCACAAAUAGAUGCAAGUGUCGAGCCAUACAGCCAAGACUUGUUGUAUGAGGAAGCAAACCCAGACAGGAAACAUAGAGAAAGAAACAAACUUUACAAAGACUUCAUUAGGCCAAAACAACACAUCAAUCGCAUACAUGACACAAACAUGGGACUUAAUCGUUCUCGGAGUUGCACUGAGAAUUUAUGCAGGUGUGAAACUACGCUCCUAAUAUCAGUAUUGUUUGUUGGGAAAAUGGAAGGUGAACAAAGACACAACGAAGUUGGCAAAGAGAAGCCAUUUGCUGAAAUGGGUAUCCAUGCAAAGAUGCCACCCUUAAAAACAGUAAAAGAAAUUGAUUAG